CAAAACUCUCUCACAUCAGUCUCUCUCUAGAGCACAUUCUCUCAUUCUCUCUCCAGAGCACAUUCUCUCAUUCUCUCUCCAGAAAACCGAUGAAGAAGCUGAUCCGGCGCCUGUCGCGUGUGGCGGACUCGUCGCAGUACUGCCUUCUCCGAUCCGAAUCGAAGACGCCAUCUCGUUCCGGCGCGUUUGACGCUUUCCGUUUCCGUUCCCCUUCAAUUCUCCGGUCCGGAGUCCGAUCCGCCACCGUACCGGAGGGACACGUACCGGUGUUCGUCGGCGAUGGGAUGGAACGAUUCAUUGUGAGUGCAGAUCUCCUAAACCACCCGAUCUUCAUCAAGCUUCUCAAUAAAUCGGCUCAAGAGUACGGAUACGAGCAAAAAGGCGUCCUUCGAAUCCCCUGCAAUGUACUCGUCUUCGAACGCGUACUUGAAGCUUUGCGUGUCGGCGACAAUUCAGUUCAAGAUCUUCUCAACUCUUUGUCCGAUGAGUUUCUUUAGGCCCUUUCUUUCUUUCUUCUUUUUUUUUUUCUUUUUUCUUUUUUUUUUUUUUGUGACUGUGAGACAGUGAGAUUGGAACAGAGCAGAUCUUAGUCGUACAACAAUUGGAUCGUUUUAACUCUUGUACAUACACUCCAUAAUCAAAUAUCAAAGUGAAGGAAGGAGUCUAAUUAGGUUUUUGUGAAAAAGUGUUUUAAUAUGGCGCACUGAAAUAUCAAUGAAGUAUACUUUUUUUCUCCCUUAA